GGGCUGAGCGGGGCCGCAGAAGCCUCUGCCUCCCGGGAGCCGGCCGUGCGCUCCGGCCGAGCCUCCCAAAGGGUGUCCCCCCCUGUCGCCUGCAUCCCCGACAGUGCGGCAGGUCCUACCACUCGCGAUCUGCAGACAUGUCUGAGUUUUGGCUAAUUUCAGCCCCUGGUGAUAAGGAAAAUUUACAAGCUCUGGAGAGGAUGAAUACUGUAACCUCAAAGUCCAACCUGUCCUACAACACGAAAUUUGCUAUCCCUGAUUUCAAGGUGGGGACCUUGGAUUCCCUUGUUGGUCUCUCUGAUGAGUUGGGGAAACUUGAUACCUUUGCUGAAAGCCUCAUAAAAAGAAUGACACAGAGUGUGGUGGACGUCAUGGAAGAUUCCAAGGGCAAGGUCCAAGAGAACCUCCUGGCUAAUGGAGUUGACUUGACAUCCUUUGUGACUCACUUCGAAUGGGACAUGGCCAAAUACCCUGCCAAGCAGCCACUGGUGAGCGUGGUGGACACACUGGCCAAGCAACUGACGCAGAUUGAGACAGACCUGAAGUCCCGCAUAGCCUCUUACAAUGUUCUAAAGACCAACCUGGAGAACCUGGAGAAGAAAUCCACGGGGAACCUCUUCACUAGGACACUGAGUGAUAUUGUCAGCAAAGAAGACUUUGUGCUUGAUUCGGAAUAUCUCAUCACGCUGCUGGUCAUUGUUCCUAAGUCAAGCUAUGCACAGUGGCAGAAGACCUACGAGUCUCUCUCAGACAUGGUGGUCCCUCGGUCAACUAAAUUGAUUGCUGAGGACAAUGAGGGCGGCCUUUUCACAGUGACUCUCUUUCGAAAAGUGAUCAAUGAUUUCAAAGUCAAAGCCAAAGAAAACAAGUUCACCGUCCGUGAGUUUUACUAUGACGAGAAAGAAAUUAAAAGGGAAAGGGAGGAGAUGACCAGACUACUGUCUGAUAAGAAGCAACAGUAUCAAACUUCCUGUGUUGCUCUUAAAAAGGGAUCAGCCACCUACCGGGACCACAAGGUUAAGGUAACCCCGCUAGGUAACCCUGCUAGGCCUGCUGCGGGGCAGACCGACAGAGACAGAGAGAGUGAGGGCGAGGGCGAGGGCCCUCUGCUACGCUGGCUCAAGGUGAACUUCAGUGAGGCCUUUAUCGCCUGGAUCCAUAUAAAGGCCCUGAGAGUGUUUGUGGAGUCGGUGCUCAGGUAUGGACUGCCAGUGAACUUCCAGGCUGUACUCCUGCAACCCCAUAAGAAGUCCGCCACCAAGCGCUUGAGAGAGGUGCUGAAUUCUGUCUUCCGGCACCUGGAUGAAGUUGCUGCUGCGAGCAUACUGGAUGCGUCUGUGGAGAUCCCUGGACUGCAGCUCAGUAACCAGGACUAUUUCCCCUAUGUCUACUUCCACAUUGACCUCAGUCUUCUUGACUAGGAGCCUAGCCAGCCUACGUUCCCUACAGCCUCAGAUCUUCUUGCUUUAAGCCAGAGAAUAAGUCCUACAGGAUUCUGAUUUCAGAGAAAAUGCUCACAGACGUUACUUAAGAGUGUAUUUAUUUUUUUAAGUUACAAUAAAAUGCUCAGUCCUUUAAAGUGUCUUUUCUUGUGUUCUAAUGUAACUCCCAACUCCUUUUCCUGAGCGUUUUACAUAAAUGUGAAAGGCCUGUAACCCACUGCUGUCUUCAUGAGGGUUUUUAUGGGAGAUUAGAGGGAACAGAGAACACCUGAACCUAAUAAUUAACCACUGUGAUACCUGAAGACAAACGGGUAUGAAAUGCAGUUCUUACUUGAUAACCAGUUUUCUACAUGGAAUCGAAUUCUAGUCAGAGGUCUUGCUUUUUCCAUUUUAAAACCAUUUACAGGGAGAUGUGAGGGCCAUCAGUUCACAGUAAUUUCUGGCUAAACAUCAGACUCUGAGCUUAUGAUGUGACACUAUUUAUCAGCAUUGUCCAAAAUAUUUUAUUCUUUAAUGGAAAAAGCCAUUAAUAUUCAAAUGAAGGAAUCAAAUUUUAAAAACCCUAUAUAUAAGAAACAGCCUCCAAGAACAUUUAAGCAGCAG